AUGGGGGUUGACACGUCAUAUCGCAUCAGCGGCGCAUCAUCCGCCGCUGUCGCCGCCGUAAACAUGGGAGUGAGCGAUGAGCGUCUGGUUGGGCCGUCGCUGUUUAAGACGUUUUCGCACGGCGCGUGCAACACGGUUCCGCCGAGUCACGCGGCGAUGGAGGCGGUGCUGCGGGAGCGAUGCCUCGGUGCUCGUGGUCGCAGCGUCAGCGCCAAGGACGACGUCAUCUACUCGCGCUCCGUCGGGUCGGCUGACGGUGCAGGAGGAACGCUCUGGAAAGCAGCGGGUUGUGAAUAUAACGGGGGUGUCUGUGACGGCCAAUGCGAAGGUGCAAUUGCCGGUGGCGGAUGUGAUUGUGAGGGGGCUAGGGGAGUAGGGGGAGCAGAUGAAGGGCAGACGGAGGGUCUUGGAGAGAGAGGGAGCAACGACGGUUCCCGCUUCGGUGAAGCUCGCGAAUAUGGCUCCUUCCAUCCUCGCUGCACCGUCGCGCGUCCCACCCUUGAUUUCAAGUCAUGGCUGGCCGAACAAAUUCGAUUCAGCCAAUCGCUGUCGUCCACCAUGUCCCUGCCACGGCCUCCCAGAGCCCCCGCAGCAGAUGUUCCAGCGUCGUCCUCGGCGUUCUCUCCCGCGGCCUCCCCUUCCGCUUCCCCAUUCUCCUCGCUACCCUCGUUCCUCUCCCCUACAUGCCCCAGUCCAUCCCCCUCUCCGUCCUCCUCCGCUCAAUCCAGUGCGCCCACCGACUCGCCAUUCGCCAUCGUUCCUAUGGCCGUCGCCGGUUCCCCUGCUCACGCCACUGCGCCUGACAGCUCCGCCGCUCAUCCUGCCGCUGCGCUCCUGCCGACCCUAAUCGCCCCCCCGUCACCCGCUCAUUCCACUGCGUCCUCCACCCCCUCCACCCCCACGCUCACCCCGCGCUCGCCCUACUUCUCCAUCUCCUCCUCCCAUCGCCGCUCCCAGAACUGCCUUUCCCCUCAGUCCGGCUCCCCUGUCCCUCCGCCAUCCCCGCUGCUGCUCGGGCGGUUCAACCUUAGGUCGCCGCUAAAGGCGCCGCUGACUGCGCCACUGCGGGCGAUCAGUCGCAUGGCGGCGCGGCGGUGCCGCGUGGCGCCCGUGAGAGACGGGGUGGUGCAGUUCGAACAGACGCUCGAGCUCUCGUGCACGCUCUACUGCACCCUCGGCCCGCACCACUCGCUGCGCUUCCAGGAAAAGCCCUCCACGCUCGUUGUGCGCCUCAUGAACCGCUCCGGAGGCUCCCGCGCCAGAGGCGCGCAGGGCGGAGGCGCAGGCGGAGGGGGAACUUGGGGCGGAGAAGGGAACGAGGCAAGAGUGAGCGCAGCGGAAGGUGUGGGGGUGAGUGCGGGAGGGGGGAGAACGGGGAGCGGGUGCAGCGAGGUGGAGGUGGGGCGGCACGCGGUAGACCUGGCGCGGCUGGUGCCGUGGUCGCUCCAAGACACGGACCUGCGCCCGCACACGCUCGCCUUCCCCCUCUCCGCCUCCGCCUCCGGCGCAACGCUGCUCGCCACCUUCGGGUAUGAACUGCAGAUCAGUAGGCGAACGAGCGGCAUUGGCGCAGCUGGGGGCGCGUGGGGGGCGGGGGGCGGGGGUGGGGCAGAAUCGAGAGUGGCGCGCGCGGAUUCGAGGGCGUUCAGUGCGGCGGCGGCGGAGGCGGCGCUGGACGAGGUGGCGCUGCCGUGCAGCAGCGCGCACAACAGCCCCGCGUCCAGCCCGCCCCGGGGAGCUCCGCUCGCGCACUGGGCUGCUGCCCCGCUCCCCGCUGCCCUUGGCGCUCUCGGGGGGGAAGGGGGGAAGGAGUUUGGGGCGUGGGGCCAGGGCGAAGGGGAGAGAAGGCCUGGAGACGAGUGCGCGGGGCAGGUGAGUGGCAAGGAGCUGUGUGAUGGCCUGAGGGGUGCGGAUACUUGCAGAGGGAAUGGAGGGGUGCAGGAAGAUGCUCCGAAGGACGGGGAGAAGGAAACGAGGGCAGUGAGCGAGGGCAAGGAGGGUGGCGACGGGAGCAUGGAAGAAAAAGUAGUGACAGAGGGUCAGCAUGGGGAGGGGAUCGCUGGGGUUGUCGGUAGUGAGGACGAGCUGUUGCAUGGCGAGCGUCCUUGUGAUGGCAGGCCACAUGGGCGAGCCGUGGUAGAUGUGGUGGGAUGUGAAGGCGAGAAAGAGAGGGUGUGCGUGGCUGAGGGGGGUGAACCAAGCGUUGACAAAGGUCCUGCUCCUGACGAAGAGGAAAGCGUGGGCUGUGGUGUGGUGGUGAAUGCAGCGACUGUGAAUGCGGCAACAGCAGAUGCAGCAGACAAGCACAAGCUUGCCCCUGCCUUUGUGCCAGAAGCAGUGGCGAGCGAGGUGUGGGGAGGUGUGGACGAGCUGUGUGGAGGGGCGGGCGCGGAAGACUUAGAGGGCGUGGAGGAUGCAUUCAUAGCAAUGCUGGAGGAGCAGAGCAAGGAGACCCGGCGCGGCCGAGGCAGCAGCAGGGACCGCAGGAAGGGAGGGAGGGGUGUGCGCGGUGGCAGAGGGAGGGGGCGAGGGAGUGGGGAUGGUGAGGGUGGUGGGGAGGGGGUGGGUGCGUGGCUGGAUGGCAUCCCGGAGGUGGAUGGGGAGGGGGAGGAGAGGGAGGAGGAGGAUGGGAAAUGCGGAACGGAAAGCACAGGAGUGGUGUGA